AUAACCUCCUUCUCACGAGCUGAUGCAACUGAGGAAAGAGACAGGAAGAAGGUUUAAAGAAGUGGCGUGGGCAAGCAUCCGACACUGCCGGGAAAGCGUUUAAACGAGCUUGUUGGUUAUUGAAGAUGCCAGUGGUGCGUGCAUUGACCAAACUGGCUAAGAAAGGCCUUCUUGCCCCUGUAUGUGGUUGCCAGGGUUCAUCGGUGGCUGUGCGCCAUGUCAGUUUCUCUCCGCGCCAAGUAACCAGUGCGUCAGAUGCCAGCUUUCACUCCGUGUCCUUUUCUGAAACAGAUCACCCAAAGGUUCUUAUCACAGGUGGCCUCGGGCAACUAGGUGUUGGACUGGCGAAACUGUUAAGGAAAAGGUAUGGAAACAACAAUGUGAUUCUUUCAGAUAUCAGGAAACCAUCUACAGACGUCUUUCACAGUGGCCCCUUUAUCUACUCUGACAUUUUGGACUAUAAAAACUUGCGAGAGAUUGUCGUCAACAACCGGAUCACCUGGUUGGUGCAUUAUAGUGCCCUUCUCAGUGCUGUUGGGGAAGCGAAUGUGGCCCUGGCCCGGGCUGUCAACAUUACUGGUCUUCACAACAUUCUGGAUAUUGCUGCAGAGCAUGGGCUACGACUCUUUGUUCCCAGCACGAUUGGUGCCUUCGGUCCUACUUCCCCCCGUAACCCAACUCCUGAUCUUUGUGUGCAGCGACCUCGUACCAUAUAUGGUGUCUCCAAGGUCCAUGCUGAGCUAAUGGGCGAGUACUACCAUCACCGGUAUGGGCUUGACUUCCGUUGUCUCCGGUACCCUGGCAUCAUCUCUGCAGAUUCCCAGCCUGGCGGUGGUACGACAGAUUAUGCUGUGCAAAUUUUCCAUGACGCUGUCAAAACUGGACAGUUUGAGUGCAACUUGAAGCCGGACACCCGACUUCCUAUGAUGUACAUUGAUGACUGCCUGCGGGCUACGCUCGAGGUCAUGGAAGCCCCAGCUGAGACGCUGUCCAUGCGCACUUACAACAUCAAUGCCAUGAGCUUCACUCCUGAUGAACUGGCACAGGAGGUCCAAAAACAGCUGCCUGACCUCCAAGUUGCAUACAAAAUUGACCCUGUACGGCAGGCUAUAGCCGACAGCUGGCCGAUGAACUUUGAUGACUCAAAUGCACGCAAGGACUGGAGCUGGAAGCACGACUACGACCUGCCGGAGUUGGUUCAGACGAUGCUCAACUUCAUUGGUUCAGAGUCCCAAGUUGCCCAAGCCAGCUGAAUCAAAUCAAAGAGUUUGUACAUGCAUAUUCAUAAAGACUGAUAGCCUUGAAGAACAGAGAUCUCCCUGGUCUGUAAAUAGUUAUCUGCUCCCUCUUAUGUGCCUGGAUUAUCUGGAGGAAAACAGAUAUGGAGACGUGUAUAUAAGAUGUAUUGCUAAAAGGUGAAUUUUUGAGUGCCCAAAACAUAUUAUUCCCCCAACGUCUUUUAUUUACGUUCAGGUAUUUAAGAAAAAAAAAAAAAAAAGCCUGGUUUGCUUUAAUUGGUAAAAGCAACAUUGCAAAAUAAUAUUCAGUGGCAGGGCUAAGAGCUGGCUUUAAGUGGAAAUUGCUACCCAAAGUUGUCGUACUGUAUUGCUUAAACGAUUAAGCCAGCUUUUAUGACUAAAGUCUGCUAUGAUUGUUACCAGUUAUGUGCAACGGUCUGCUUGGUUUAAAAAUAAGCAUGUUUAGAUACUUUAAGUGAGAAAUGUCAACUAUAAGUUAAAUCAGAAUAUGAGAAACUUCCACCUAUGACAAAGUGAAACAAAUGUUACAAAAACUGUAACAUAGUAAAAAAGAAAAGAAAAGAUGAAUCAAUGUCAAAACAUUGUUACACAUUUUUAUAUCAGAAGGAGCUAACAUAGGUAUGUAAAAUCUGGCUAACUGUAUUUAAGUUAUUAGCAAAGUAGGUGUUUUAAAUCUUUUUUUAUAUUAUAUAAUUUUGAUCAUAUUCCUGACAAGGUCAAGUAAUGCACUUAUGAAUUACAUCAGUAAUCCCAGCCUGUUUAUGUGCUUUGCGAAAAUGAAAAGUGUUAGCAAUGAUGAAUAAUACACUGAAAAUAAGUUGAGUAACUAGUCAACAAAUUGCUAAUAAAUUACUGUAUAUUAUGGAUGUUACCUUUAUCUCUUUUUAUAUCGGUGAGCAAUUGGGAUUAAGGACAUUGCCUAAAUGCCCAGCAGAGGUAUAUUGACACUUCUGAGGUUUGAGUUACAGCCUUAAAAUCAGUAGACCAAUGCCUUAUACCCUGAGCUAUCAAUUGAAAUUGUGUCUGAAUGUUGUAUGUACAUACAUACGUAAGUGUGGGUGUAAAAAGGAAGCAGGGGCCAGCAUAAGUAAUGCUCGUAUUUUCCUUUCCUCCAUCACUUGUGUACUAUUUAUCUAUUUAUUUAGCUUUUGUCUAAUAAGUUUUUCUUGCACCAUUAGUUACAUAAUGUAAUGUUUUUUUUUUAUCAUUUUCUUUAUUAUUAGAUGGAUAUUAUUUUCUAUAUAAAUGCUUAUCUUUUAUGUUUUCCAGACAAGCUUGCCAUGUUAAUCAUACCUUUUUUUUCUAUUUAAAUGUUAGAGCAGCCUCUUAGCAAAACAUUGUGAUAACUGUGAUAAAAUGUCUAUGAUCAAAUCCUUUGAAAAUUGUCAGAUAUGCUGGAAUGAGUUGGUUCGUUGUCGGCUCAGAUUUGCAAAUAGGCAAAUUUCAGUCAUUUUUUAAAAUAACCUUUUUGUAAAUGAAUUUUUGGUGACUAUCAGCUGAGGUGCUGCUAGUUUAUUUUUUAGAAAAUAGUUGGUGCUUUAUGUUGCAACAGCUUACUUCAAGAAGUACAAUAUGAAAUCUCAGUACUAAUAGCAAAAAUGUACUAGAGCUUUUGUGGUAACAUCCACAAGCCACACUUUGAUUGCAACAACUGAAAUAAUAAAGACAUUUUUUGACUCUU